GCCGGGCGGCGUUGGGCUGGGAAUUCUGUGCGCUGGCGCCGCCGGGCGGGGGCGCUCGGUGGGCCUCGGGCGGCCUCGAAAGCCUCGCUACCGGAAGCCGCUGACCUCGGGGCCUGGAUUUACCUCACGAAAGAGUACUUCAUUGUACGGAAAAUGAAUCGUUCCUCAAAGAUGUCAGUUACUGGUGUUUCAAAAUCAGGUAAUCCACGUUCCGGAAAAGGCCGCAAAGUACAUAUGCCAAAUGUUAUAAAGACAAAGACAACACAACAAAUUAAAAAAAAUAUUUCAGCUCAAAAGAUACAGAGAGCUUGGUUAUCUCACAUGGACAAAACAAUAUUUCAACUCCUAAAGCACACAAUAUGUGCAGCGGAGCAUUUUGUGUCAUAUGAAAUACUGAAGAAAGUGAGCCCCUUAGAGGCUGAGCUUGUUAAAGAUCCUAGCAUGAAGUGUAAAGUUAGAUUCAGAUUUAGUGGUGAAACCUUUCCACCUUUCAUUGUGUUUAAAAUUUUUCUUCAAACUGAAGGCCAUGGUUACAAGUAUUUCAGUGGAAAAAAUUUAUUAAAGCCGUCAAGUGAGGCAGUGGUUGAUGCUUGCAAAAUAAUGGGGAAAAAGAAAUUUUAUCAUCAAAUUAUGGAAGAUGAACAUCUUUUCCAGAAGUUCAAAGUAACUGAUGAAAUAGAUGUUGUUACUCUGAAAGAUUACAUGCAAUAUUCCAGUCUUCUGGAUGAGACCCCUGCAUCUUUUGGUGGCAGAAAUAACUACUGGCGGAGAUUAAACCUCAAAAACAUUCCCAAGACAAUGAUAAUAUAUGACAUAGUUGAUUAUGCAGAGUCUGGAAUAAUCUCAAACCGUCUACGAAAAGAAAUGAAGCAUCUGUUAGAGAGACCACAAACAGAAGAGAUGCGUCAGCACCAGCUACAGAUUGUUUCUGAAAUUAGGUGCCCUUCAUCCUUCUCAAGUAUUCAACCUUUGUAUCAGCCCUACCAACAGCAAAGUCAAAUUAGACAUCUAGGUCGUCGAUCCAAGCAAGCUAAAAUGAAAGUUGAAAAAAUGAGAAAAGCUUCUAAGAUGGCUAAAGAAAAAAGUGCUUCUACGGGGACUGUUUUCUCUAGGACACAGCAAAUAUCUGGAAUGUUUAGUUUUGUUUUAAUCCAAUCUGAGGAUAUCUUUCUUUUGACUGGUGAGUUUAGACCAUUUAUACUUUGUUGUGAUUUUAAUUAAUUGUUGAUAUAUGGAAUUAUCUUUACCAUUUUAUUUUGUGCUGUCUGUCCUGCUUUUUCUAUGUCUUUCCCCCCCUUUCCUGUUUUCUUUUAGAUUUUUCUUUUGAUUCCACAUUUCCCCCUCUAUUGUUUUGCAAGUUAUACACUCUAUUUCUAUUCUUAGUGAUUACUCUUAAAUUUUAGCAUGUGUACUUAAAGUCUAAAUCAAUAUCUCCAUCCCCCUCUCAAACUAUCCAAGGGCCUUAAAAUGCUAAUCACCAUCCUCUUGUCUUAAAAAUUAUUGUUAUCCAAUAUUUUAGCACCAUCUUGUUUUUAACCUCCAAAUUAGACAUUAUUGUUGUUUUAUGAAUCUCAGACUUUCCUUCUGGGAUUGUUUUUCUUUAUCCUGAUGUAUACUCCUAAAAGCUCCUUUAAUGAGCAUCUUUUGGUGAUAACUCUUUCAGUUUUUGGUUUUCUGAAAAUGUCCUCAUUUCACCCAUAUUCUUAAAUACAAACUUUAAGUAGGUGUUAAAUUCUGCCUUGCCAGUGGUUUUCUCUCAGCAAUCUGAAGUCAUUGUCCCACCGUUGCUGCUAGUCUAGUUGUUGUUCCUUUUAGCUUCUCUCUUUUCUCUCUGGCAGCUUUUAAGAUUUUCUCUUUGUAUUUUGUGCUCUUCAGGUAUACUGAAGAUGAUUGACCUUCCCACAUUGUCUCUCUUCUAUCUCCAUUUCGUUUCACCUUACUGUCCUUUGAGAGUCUGGCUUUAUGCAGAGGUCUCAGUUCCAAUUCCCUACCUUCCCUGAGCCCAAGAUCCUGUCUCCACACAUAUGAGAUCAUUAAAACCCAAGACUUUAGGUUCCUGGGAGUCAUGAAUGUGCUCGUGGUCAUCAGCCAUUUCCCAGGCUGGUUUGUAGCUCCUUCUUUAUUUUCACCCCUGAGGAUUUUCCUUCUUACAAACUCAACUCUACCUUUUAAAAGAUGGGUUUUUUUGUAUUUUAUCUAGGGUUUCUAUGGUUUUUGCAGUGGGAUGGUUUUUCAGAAUACUUAGUCUACCAUUUUCUCAUAAAUGAAAGUCCACAUUGUCACUUCAUUCUGUUGAAUUAUAUCCUUAAAUCUUCAGAGUGAGUGGUACUACUUACUGCACCAGAGAUUUUAAACAUUUUUAUAGCUAUUCAUAUGCAUUAUCACAUUGCUUUCUGGCCGUUCUCCUUUUGAGUGGUGAGUACUGUACUGACAUUUGCUUGUCCACUUCAUGGAGGCAGAGUGGUAUCAUAGAGUAGGAAUCAGCCACAUCUGUUUCUCUCUCUCCCUACCCCAUCUCUUUCUAUCCCUCCACUAUUCAGAUGUACAGUCAUGCACCACAUAAUAAUGUUUCAGUCAAAGACAGACUGCAUAAAUGACAGUGGUCCCAUAAGAUCAGUGUCAUAUACCCUAGGUGUGUAGUAGGUUAUACCAUCUAGGUUUGUGUAAGUGCACUCUAUGAUGUUCACACAGCGAUGAAAUCGCCUAACAACACAUUUCUCAGAACAUAUCCCCGUUGUUAAGCAAGGCAUGACUGUAUAGAGAUUAGAGAAAUUCUUUCCCUUAAAGGUUUUGUUGUGGUUUGAGAUGCGACAGAAUUAAGAAAGAAGGCACCAAUGGAAGAGGAGAUAAUGAAGAUACAUGUAGAAGACCUUCUGGCUAAAAAUGCUGACUUGAAUAUCUAUCUUAAUCUCUGCCCCCAUCAAGCCCUUCUAAAAUAACAGUAAAGAGAUUUUUUUUAAGGCAUGAACCUUCAAUGAUAAAGAGAGAUCAGGGAAAACAGUAGCAAAAUUUUGUCAGUUGGAAAACUUAUGAGUGGUAGUUGAUGUACCAGAUCUGAGAAAACACUAUCUUAAACUGGCCUUGCGGAAAGCUAAGAAGCAAACCAGCUUACACAGUGGGACCCCCGGAAGACUGAAGAAUUGGCAACAGCAAACAGGUUAUGUUUGGACGUGAGAGGCGAAGGGGAAGGAAUUCACUUAAAAUCUGUUUAAGAAGUAAUUAGAACACCAAAUCCCUUCCCACUGUUGUGGGUUGAAUUGUGUCUCGUCCUGUCCUCCGGAAAAGAUAGGUUGAAGUCCUAACCCCCAGUACUUCAGAAAGUGACUUUAUUUGGAAAUAGAGUUGUUACAGAUGUAAUCAGUUAAGAUGAGAUCAUACUAGUGUAGGGUGGGCCCCUAAUCCAAUAGGACUGGUGUCUUUAUAAAAAGACAGCCAUGUAAAGACAGAAUCAGUUCAAAGAAUUGAAACAGUUGCCUCUAAGGAUCAAAAACUGGGGGAAAGAGGAACAGGAGUCUAGUGGACUUUAUAACGAUCAUUGUAGGGGCCAGCCCCAUGGCGCAGUGGUUAAGUUCGCAUAUUCCGCUUCUCGGCGGCCUG